AUGUUGCUUCAAUCAGAAGAAGUACUGCCGGCGACGGGGUUUACGGCCGGUGGAGAUCAUCCGAUACAGUCAGCUGUGUUCGAUGAAACUGUGUGGGGGGGUCACUUCCUCACCGAUGAUCAGUGGCAUCCUGUUCUAGGCCCAGAAAGUGGGGAACAUGAAACUUUGAAGGAAGAGGUGCGGAUGAUGGUGACAAUUGCAGUCGAUAAUACCGAUGAUGAUACGGCGGUGGCGAUAAAACAGAAGUUGAGGCUGAUUAAUGCAAUCCAGUGCUUAGGGAUUGGGUAUCACUUCGAGAUGGAGAUUGAAGAAGCUCUGAAAAAAGUGUACACUCUUGGAGGAGAAUCGUUCAUUGAAAGCUACGAUGAUAUUGAUCUCCAUCAUGUCUCUCUUUGGUUUCGACUCCUCCGACAACAGGGCUUUCGUGUUUCUUCUGAUGUGUUUAGAAAGUUCAAGGAUGGUGACAAGGGGAAGUUCAAAGAAUCGUUGGCAUUAGACGGGCAAGGACUGUUGAGCUUGUAUGAGGCUGCCCAUGUGGCGAUCCAUGGCGAAGAAGACAUGCUGGAUGAAGCUCUGAGCUUCACAACCAAGAACCUGGAGCUAGUUAUUCAGGAUCCCAAGACCUCUUCGUCCUUCAAGAAGCAAGUUGAAUUUUCCCUCGCCCUUCCUAUAUGGAAAUGCGUCCCUAGGACACUUGCUAGGCAUCGCAUCGAUGUUUACUCCGAAACAGAAGAGCAAGAAGCCUUAGCCUCCCCCAAUGAGACCGUAAUCUUGAAGUUGGCAAAGUUGGACUUCAACAUGGUGCAGGGAGUUCAUCAACAGGAGCUCCACGAACUCACAAUGUCGCAUCGCGUGGGUAGGAUCAUACUCACCAAAUGCGGAGCUGUCUUGACCCUCAUGGACGAUUUCUAUGAUAAUUUUGGUGAUUACGAACAACUUGAGAUCCUCACGGGGGCCAUUCAGAGGUUGGAUAUUUUGGCUCUGGAAGAACUCCCUGAGGCGAUGAUGAAGGAUGCGUACCGGGUCGUCGUCGUUAACCUUUUCCAAGAAAUGGAGCAGGCCGUAUCAGAAACUGCUGGUCCCACUUAUGGGUUGCAAGUGGAAUGCCGCCGCCGUCUUCCCACGUCUCGACUCCCUGCAGCGACCCGUCCAUCCCCAUCGUCGGCGGCUCGGCUUCUUCCUCCGACGGUGGCUCUUCUCUCGCCGGCGACCCGGAUAGUCGACGACAUGGAGACCCGCGGGCUUCCGGUCGCGUCUCCGACCCGUCCUCCUCUGUUGUCACCCGACGACCCGGAGGUUCGCCCAUCUCUGAUGUCGUCUUUGCCUCCGCGACAACCGACAACGCAGCGGGAGUCGUCGUCAUUUCGACGACCCGAGGCACGGCGCCGAUCACGUGCUCUGCCUCCCGAUCCACCGUCUUCAGCUUCAGCCCCGCCGAUCUCCUGUUCGUCUUCACGACUGGACCAGCUGGAACCCGUCGCUCCAGUUGCUCACUUCGCCGCUCCGACAGUCCCGAUCGAUGACUUGACGGCGUCUCCGUUCAAGAACUGGUGCCGGUCCUUAUUGGCUGAGGCAUGGUGGCGCACUGAGGGCCAUGUUCCAACUCUGGGGGAGUACCUGGCUCAUGCAAACAUAACCAGCUCUUAUUUCUUCGUCUGCGCAUCUGCGUAUCUGGGUAUCGGACCAGAACUAGCCACCAGGGAGGCCUUCCAGUGGGUGACCGAUAAGACUAACAAGAUGGUGCUGGCCUCCGCUUCCAUUUGCAGGGUCCAGAACGACAUCAUGUCUUACUCGUUCGAGCAAGAGAGGCUGCACGUGGCAUCGGCGGUUCAGUGCUACAUCAAGGAGCACGGUGUCUCCGACGAGGAGGCGAUACUAGCAUUGCUGGGCCGGAUUUCAGAUGCUUGGAAAGACAUGACUGAGGUUAUGUGCUGCCAGAAACCAAUAACCCCGUUCCCGGCGGCUCUGUUGUCUCCGGUGAUCAACUUCGCCCGAUCAAUCAGUGUGAUUUAUUUGAAGGCCGAUGCCUUCACAUAUCCCCAGCUCUUGAAGGAACGCAUUGCCGCCCUCUUCAUCGACCCUGUGCCGCUUUGAUCAAUCUCGACAUCGCGAUCAAUAUGUAAUAUAAUAUCAGGCAGGCUGGUUUCCUUCAAAUUUUCAGUUAAAGAGAAUCUCG